UCUUAACCAUUGAAACUCUAAGAAAGUAGCAGAAAUGUGAAUUGAAAAUAAACCAAAUGAUUAAAAAAAAAGAUAAAAGGUGAACAAUAAAGGUUAGGCUCAGGUCUUUGAUAAAUGGUGGCAGUUAUUGAUGGGUGAUGGGCUAGCUUUAAAUGUAUUUAUGACACAGUGAUUUCAGUCUCAGUCCUGAGAGGAAGUACACAGUACUCUAAAAGCACCGCUGAGAUCUGAGACUGAAGGCCAGGUCACUCUUCGAUGCGUGUCUACAGCCAUAUCUGAGAGAUUCUUCCAGGCUGCUAAUGACCUACCAGUUGAGCUGCCAUGUUCAGCUCCAGUCUCAGCAGUGUCCAAAGAAGGGUCUGGAUCAGCCCAUGUCGUCUUAUAGAGGCUGCUGACAGGCUCUAAACUAGCCGUGGUAUCCACUCUAAAGCUGGUGGUAGCCCAGGUAGGACUGUAUGGUGCAAUGCAACCUAACAUGCAUUUUCAUAUGACACAUAAGCCAACCUAUUCCACUUGUGUUAGCUGUUUUGUUGCUAGCAUUGGGCCAGAUGAUCCCUUGGAUACCGCACUCCUGCUGAUGGGACCACACUCCGACUGAUGGAGAUAUGUGGCCUGGUUGAGACAUGCUGCCAAGUAUGGUUAGCAAAAUCUGCUCAGCUCACAGAUGUGUGUAAAUCAACCCUAACUAAGAGAGCACGCCCCUGAAGCGUAGCGGUUGGCCGUGGUUUGCUUUGCAGACAUAAACUUAGCUCAUUUGACUGUGACUACAUCAGAUCAGUGGUUCCUGAAUAUAAUGUCGCAGGGUGACAAACUGCAGUUCUGUCACUGGUCCAAGUAUUUUCAUGGGUAGGUAAUAAAAUAUUAGUUGACGUUUUGCUGUAACUUGAAACAAUAAAGUUUAGAUUACUUGUGUUUAUCUAGUGGACUCAAACUAUACAGUAAGCUUAUUUACAAUAUUUUCUGUGUAGCCUGAUGGCCUCAAUUAGAAUUUUUGACCCGUCAGUCUUUCCAUAGUGACCCACGUUGUAAGUCAGUUAUAAAUAGAAGUGUACAGUUGUCCUCUCUGAUAUUGUUAUAUGUCUCUGUGUGCUGUUAGAACGACAACCAGCAACCAGGUAGUAAAUAUAAAUCCACAGAUGCUUCACAGGAACAGAGAAGGGAUGAUGUUGGAGUACUUUACUACCGAAGACUGAACCUUUCCUCCCUUUAAAAUAUACUCUUAACUACAUUUAUUGAACACUUUCUGGCUUUGGAGGUGGAACUGACUGACUCACCAUGAAAGAGUACAAUGUGGAUCCACCAGAUGGUGGGUAUGGGUGGGUGGUGGUUAUCUCUGCCUUCUUCUCCAGGGGUCUUACCACAGCCGUCCUUAAGAACUUUGGCCUGUUUUUCCUGGAGAUCCAGAACUACUAUAACGUCCUCACCAGCACUGUGUCAUGGGUCACAUCCACCAGCAUUGCUAUGUUUCAUCUAGGAGCUCCACUUGCUGGAGGUCUUGGCGUCUAUGUCACACAACGUGGUGUUAUGAUGAUUGGUGGAGUUCUGGCUGCUUCAGGCAUGAUCUUUGCCUCGCUGGGUCUGGGCUUGCCAUGGAUGUAUCUGUCUGUAGGAGUUCUUCAAGGGCUCGGUGUAUCCUUCUGCUGGAUGCCAGCUAACAUCAUGGUCAGCCACUACUUCAAACACUGGCGUCCUAUUGCCUUUUCCAUCUCCAGCUCAGGCGAGUGCGUCUUUGCUGUGGCCUUCAGCCCUUUUUUCCAGUGGCUCAUUGAGACCUACUCAUGGCAAGGAGCUCUGCUCAUCAUUGGAGGACUUCAGCUCAAUCUUUUGGUGUGUGGAGCUCUGAUGAGACCUCUCAAACCUAGGGCAUUUUCCCAAUCCCCGACCCUCAUGAUGGACCCAACAUCCAAGAAAGCUCCUUUCCAGUGCUCACUGAUCCAGAGGCCUGAGCUGCUGCUGUACAUUGCCUUUGCCAUCUUGGCUGCCUCUGGUUUCUUCAUCCCACCUCUAUUUCUGGUGCCAUAUGCCAAUCACAAAGGUAUAGAGCAAUACUGGGCUGCCUUCCUCCUCUCCAUUUUGUCCUUGGCUGAUCUGCUAGGCAGGCUGGCCUGUGGUUGGCUGGCUAAUUUGCGCGUGUUGAGGAACCUCCAAGUAUUGGCGAUUGUGUCCAUCUUGCUGGGAGUGGUGGUGCUGCUCCUGCCGCUUGCACAUACCUACUGGCCAAUCAUGGCUUUCACCACACUCUACGGCUUCCUGUUUGGCUGUGUUGUGGCCGUCCACAUCACAAGUAUAGUGGACAUUGUAGGGCUGGCGGGCUUUGACAGUGCACUUGGACUCUUUAUGCUACUGCGAACCUCUGGGGCAUUCAUCGCGCCACCUGCUGCAGGCUGGCUGGUGGACUGGACAGGUGAAUUCAGUGCUGCGUUUUAUCUGGCAGGCCUCUGCUUUAUACUCUCGGCUAUUUUUGUAGUGAUGGUCGACAAGCUGGUGGAGAAGAAGAAUAUCGAUUUGAUGAAAGUCGCAGAUGCUGCUGCUGACAGUGAAACUUGUGCAAUGAAUGGAACGGAUCAUUUCGAAGCGUAAAGACACCAUCAUCAGUAUAUUAUCAUUUUAAACUGUAGAUAAUUUUGUAUAUUUUUUGUGUUGUGAACAGUAAAAAUGUGUGAUUUCCAAAUGGCACCUAAACUAGGGCUGGGUGAUAUGACAAGGUUUUAUUUAGUUUGCAUAAAUUCACAAUACACUUUUCAGAAAAUUAAGACAUUUGUAGCUGAUCAACCUCCAAAAUGCUUAUUAAUUGCAUUGAUUUAUUAAAAAAAAAAGAGAGAGAGAGAGACAUUAAAGAUUAUCUAUACACAUUAUAUACUUAAUAAUUAACUAAUAAUUAACUAACUAAUUAAUAAUAAUAAAUAUUUUAGCUUUAAUAACUGUGUCUUUACCAUAUUGUUCACUAAUAACUGGGACCAUAUACAGAUAACUAAUGUAUUCACUCUCUCACCUCUCAUAACUACAUACUGCAUUACUUAUGAGCUGGUGCAGAGCAGAACAUUUGAGUUUCCUGGGGAAAACUUUAAUUUUUCACCUAUCUGUAUAUAUAGACUAUGUUUGGUUGAUUCAAGAUAGUGACACUUUUCUGUCUUCCAUUUAUAAUUUUGUUGUUUGAAGUGUGUCAUCAUAUUAUUUUGAGGUAUUUAUAUUUACCUGAUUAUUAUUGAAAUUGAAUGAUUGUACUCUUGUACUCUUUAUGUUUUUAUUUAGACCAGCAAAGUACUUGUUGCAAAUUUCGAAGGUCUCAUCUUCUCUCACCUAGCCAAUCACUGUACACUACAUAUCAAUCGAAUGGGUUCCUUUUAGCAUCCAGUCAUUUCAGUUUAGCAUUCCGUCAAGUUCAUCGAAGUAAAAACUCAGGAAUCAUGUCAAUAUAUCAUCUUCAUCAUAUGCUACAGAAGAUAGCUAUAGUAGUAAGUGCUAUAGCCAUCCAUGUGCGUCUGAAUAUGAAUAAGCCACUGGAUUGCAAUGUGGAACUUGAGGAUGAGCGGCCUGGCCUUACCUCAUUAAAAUGUUUCAAUAAAAUGAGGUGUCUCCUUUGCCUCCACUGAAGGCAUGAACUCCAUUUAAUUAAAAAAAAAAAUUCCGUUUAAUUUAAAAAAAAAACAAAAAAACAUGCUGAGUUACUUUUCAUGUGAAAACAUCACAUUAAAUAAAGAUAAAGUUAAACAUAAACUUCAUCAGUUAAAGACAUUUACUUUUUACUUUUUAAUACUUGUGUACAUUCAAAAGUAGAAACUUUUUAACUUUCAGUUAAGUAAUUUUUUUUUUGCUUUGGAUGCUUCCAUUUUUACUACUUUUACUGAAACAUUAUCUAUAUUUCUCAGUAUUUUGUCCACCCCUGGUCAUAAGCAGUACUAACAGCAUUUUGAGGUCAGGGUCCCUGAAGUCAAAAACGUGUUUUUUAAGUGACUGACCCCCCUGCGAUGGCUGUUUGUGAUUAUACAGAUUAGUAUUUGGGUCAAACUUGAUAAUACAGUGACUCUAACUAACCAUGCAGGUUAUGUAACAGGUUAUGUAUUUGCAUUAUCAGACACACUAGAUUUGUUAGAUCUGUUUUGUAAAGUGACACACUGAGCCUAUAUGCAACACAAACUCUUUGAAUCAAUUUGUACAGUUAGGGGUACUAUUGCAAUCUCUUGCUUCAACUGUACUAUUUUGUCUUCAAAAUUAUUUCUCUUGCUUGAUGAUAUACAGUGCCUUGCACAAGCAUUCCUAACCCCCAGCCCUCAAGUAUUCCACAUUGUGUAGUCUUUCAACUUGGAAUUCAAAUGGACAAUUUUUUUUUUUCGUUUGAUUUAUGUAUAACAUUUGAAUGUGCAAAAUAUUGUAUUGUGACACAAAGACUAAUUAAACAAAAAAAGUUGACAUUUACUGGUUGCAUAAGUAUUUACAUUUUUUUUUAUUUGUAAAUCAUUUUGAAAACUAUAUAGAUUUUACACCCACAUCAGUAUUAUGGCCUAUUUUGUGUAGAUUCAUGACAUAUCAUUCCAAAUAUGUCUGUUUCAGGUCCAGGUUGUAACACUACAAAAUGUGGAAUAUACAUAUAUACUGUAUAUAUAAACACUAGCCCACUAUUAGUGCUCAGUCCUAUUCCAGUAAUUUAGCACUUAACAUUCCAACUAUGUUUUAUAUGUCCAGGGACACUAGUAUGGACCUAGAACCAUUGAUAGGUUAAUGAACUGUGGCCUCCAUCCCAACACAAUUUUUAUUCUCCUGGAACCUUCCUUCACUGUGAAUGACUUAUCAUUUACAAGGAAGGCAUAUACCAUGCCUAUAAAGAUAUGUCUACAUUAAAUAUCAUGAUAUUUUUUCUGGAUUGAUUGACUGACCACAAGAUGGCAGUGUCACCCCAAUUGCUGAACAACAAACUCAUGGAAACUGGAAAAAGUGUCAUUGCCUUGAAUGAACCAUGCAGAUGAGCAAUAGAGUGUGUGAGUAAGGUGCAGUACAGCUUCAGUGCUCCUUGGCAGUCUCUGAAACUGUACAGGAGAUAUGAACACAAUUUUUCCUAAAGACAUUCCUUCGUUCAGUGUUUUGAUGAUGGUGGUGGAGAGGGUGCUGUUUCUCCCAUAUAUGUUCAGUUGGGUUGAGGUUUGGUAAAUGUGAAGGCUAUUGCAUGAGCCCUCCUUCCCUGUGGAUGCUGUGGAGUCAUCCUGGA